CGACUAGUCAGAACAAGCGGUGAUAUUGGUUGUUUCGACGGGUACGAACUAGUAAUAGCUGACAUAUCACAACCAUGCUUUUUUGGAUCAACAACAUCCAGACACCGACAGGCAAAAUGGCAAUGAUCCCCAGGUGUCUGAGUUACCGCACUUUUCCCAUACCUUUCUGCUACACCUAAAGCCCACCGAGCUUACCCAGCAACAAUGACCGGAACAAAAACAAGAACAAAACCAUCAUCCUCAGCAUCAUCCAGGCCAAAAUCCUCUCAUGCUCUCUCCGGCUCAGCUCCUCUAUCCGAAUUCCAAAACCUAGGCAACGGCAUCCUCUUUUUCGAUCCACCGCCAUCACCAUCACCACAAAACCAUGACGAUGACCAUGGCCAUGGCCAUGACCCACCCCAACCACAACUCAUAAUCCUCUGCACCUGGCUAGGCGGCGCCACCCCCCGCCGCAUCGCCAAAUACACCUCCGGCUACCGGCGCCUCUUCCCCCACUCACCAAUCCUGGUAAUCCGAACCGUCAUUGCGGAUUUCACCGUCCGUUCCGAGCAGGCUAUUCGGCGAAACCUAGCCCCGGCUAGGGAUAUCAUUCGGGAUGUCCUCUCCCGCGACCGCUCCGCUUCCAUACCACAUGCAAACAGUGCCCCGGAGGAGCACGGGAGUUACGGGACAGAAACAGCCCCAGGCGUGCUGCUACACAUCUUCUCCAACGGCGGCUGCCACCUCGCCGUUCAACUCGCGCACUCCUUCCUCCUCUCCUCCUUUGAUCGUCAACAGGCCCUACCUGUCCGUCUGCAAAUCCUCGAUUCUUGUCCUGGCACUUUUUCCAUCGCCAAAACCUACGGCGCAGCAGUGCACUCCGUCCCCAAAACCCACCCUUGGGUGCUACAGAGUAUCGAGCGAUGGGGCUUAUGGGGGGCGGUGGUGUUUAUCGCGGUGUUACAGCAGGGAUUGCCGAGAGCGAUUGGGGAAAAUGUGGUGAGGAGGAGGUUGUUGGGUGGGGUGGGGGUUGAUUUUGAGGGGAUGAGGGGGGAGGUUUUGAGGGAUGAAGUUUGGGGGGCUGGCGGGGGACAAGGAAAAGAAACGGGGAGGUUGUAUUUGUAUUCGAAAGCGGAUGAGGCGGUGGGGUGGAGGGAUGUUGAGAGGCAUAUUAGGGAGGCGAGGAAGUUGGUGAAGGAGAGAGCUGUUUUGGCAAAUAAGGAAAGAGGGAGGGGAAGGGGAAGAAGGGAAGAGGUUUUUGAAGCUGGAGUUGAAGGGCUGGUCAGAGCGGAGAGGUUUGAGAAGGCGAGUCAUUGUGCGUUGGUGAUGGAGGAUGAGGAGAGGUAUUGGAGGGCUGUGAGGGAGAGUUGGGAGGGGCAUAUGGAGAGGCGGAGGCGGAGGGGGAGGCAAUCAGUUGAUGAAGGGUCGAAAGAAGUCGUGUUGGGGGCCACGGAUGAGCAAGGAAAAGAGCAAAUGAGUGACAAAGAGCCAAGGACAAAGUCCGGAGUUGUUGAAGACGGAGUUGAGUCGAGAGAAGCUGAGGUUUCUAGGAGAAGCCGCACUAGCAAGCUCUGACGGACCCAAGUGCAGCUGGCGCUUCUGCGGGGCCCUCAGAAGACGUCGUUGUCCUCGUCUAUGAUAGCGUUGUUUUUAAUCACCGACAGCUCUCAUCAUGAGCACCGAGACGAACAAGGUUACAUUGUUUUCUUUUAG